AUGAAAGCCUACCUAAAGAGCGCAGAAGGCUUUUUUGUCCUGAAUAAAAGUACUACUGUUGGAAGGCAUGAAGACUCAGACCUUGUUUUAGAGUCUGCUGACAUCGACAACCAUCAUGCACUUAUUGAAUAUAAUGAGAGCGAGGACAGCUUUGUUCUCCAGGACUUCAAUUCCCGAAACGGUACCUUCGUCAACGAGUGCCACAUUCAGAAUGUGGCCGUGAAGCUGCUACCCGGAGACAUCCUGAGAUUUGGCCCUGGAGGGCUGACCUACGAACUGGUCAUUGAAAAUCCACCCUCGGUCUCCUUCCCAUGGAUGAGUGGUUCGGCACCUUGGCCAAGACCACAGCCACCUCGAGCCACACAGCAGUCGAAACAGUCACCCUCACCACCACGGAUGCCCUUCCGCCCAGGCCUCUGGCCACCACCAGUGCAGAGGAGUUGGUCCCAGGGGUUUCCCAGACCCACCAUGGGCCCACCUGCCUCCCACAAGCGGCCUGUGAGUGCUGGUGGGAAGAUGUUCUCCUUUGUGGUGCAUGGCACUCACAGGCCUCCCAUCAUCAAGCAAGUGUGGACCAAUGCUGUGGAGCUUUCAGAACAGUCAGUGGCCGAAGGAAUUUCCGGGGCAGGACCUUCCAGGGAUAUUUACGUGGACCAGGACCCAGCGCAGCAGGAUAAGGAUGAAAUCAUUCUGCUGCUGGGGAAAGAAAUCAGCCGUCUCUCGGAUUUUGAACUUGAAUCCAAAUACAAAGACGCCGUGAUAGCGAAGCUGCAGGAUGAAGUGGCCAGCCUGAGUCAGAGGCUUUCGGAGUCUGCCUCGUCCAGGCAGGGUCGGUUCCAGGAUCUGGAUGAAGACAUCGAUGCCAAACGCAGAGAGAUCCAGAGCUUGAAAAACCAGAUCAGUGCCCUACAGAAAGGCUACAGCCAGGUGCUGUGCCAGACCCUGUCUGAGAGGAACUCAGAGAUCACAUCCCUGAAGAACGAGGGCGAGAACUUGAGGAGGGACAAUGCCGUCACCUCAGGGAUGGUGUCAUCAUUGCAAAAAGAAGUGUUAACAAGGGAUGAGGAGAUUCAACAACUCAAACAGGAGGUGAACCAACUAAAAAGUGAGAACAAAGAAAAGGAUCACCAGCUUGAAGCCCUCAGCUCCAGAUGCUCCAUGCUGAAAGAAGAGUUAAAGAAGGAAGAUGCUCACAAGGAGCACCAGGAAGCCCAAGGGAAAGAGUUAAAACUCUGCAAAAUUCAAAUCCAAGACAUGGAGAAAGAAAUGAAGAAGCUCAGGGAGGACCUGAAGAAGAGUUGUACUGAACAGAACAUGAUCUCUAAAACGCUGCUAGAAAAGAGCAAGGUUGAAAAGAAGCUUCAGGAGGAUUCCAGAAGGAAAUUGCUCCAGCUACAAGAAAUGGGGAACAGAGAGAACCUCAUUAAAGUCAAUUUGGAAAGGGCAGUAGGUCAGUUGGAGCAUUUCAGAAGUCAAGUCAUCAAGGCCACCUACGGACGGGUGAAGCCGUUCCUGGACAAGCCCAUCACCGAUCAACAGCUAAUAGAGAAGAUUACCCAGGUCACUGAGGACAACAUCAACUUUCAGCAGAAAAAAUGGACGCUGCAGAAGGAGACUCAGCUCAGCAAUUCCAAACAGGAGGCAAUCACAGAGAACGUCGAGAAGCUGAAGGCAUCUUUAGACAGCUGCCAGGCUUGCAUGAAAAUGUCCUGCUGUAGCAAGGACCUGAAGAAGGAGGUGGACAUGCUUCAGACCCUUCAGGUGAGCCCACCUGUUUCAGGGCUCCAGAAGGUGGUGCUGGACAUCCUGCGCCUGUCGCUGUCCUGGCUGGAGGAAACGGAGCAUCUCCUCCAGGACGUCGGGAUCCAGUUAUCCAGCUCGGACACAGAUCAAGAUCCACAGUUCUCAGGAAACUCAGCAGUCUUUCAUGCAAGAGAAGCUGCGGGAGCAUCUGGCAGAGAAGGAGAAGCUGAAUGAGGACAGGCUGCAGCAAGAGGAGAGGCUGAAAGCCAGAAUCAAGCGGCUCAUGGAAGAGAAGGCGGUAAGGCUUUGGAGGAAAGCAUUACUCAAGAGAAAAACAGAGCAAAAGAAGCAUUAGAAGAAGAACAGAAGAGAAUCCAAGAGCUGGAGAAUUGUUUAGCCCACCAGAAGAAGGUCUGGGAGGAAAGCAUUACUCAAGAGAAAAACAGAGUGAAGGAAGCAUUAGAAGAAGAACAGACCAGAGUCCAAGAGCUGGAGAAUCGCUUAACCCACCAGAAGGAGGUUUUGGAGAGCAGCAUGGCCCAUGAGAAAAGGAAAGCAAAGGAAGCUUUAGAGACAGAAAGGAGAAGAGUUCAAGAUCUGUAGAACCACUUGACCCAACAGAAGGAGAUUUCAGAGAGCAGCCUCGCCUACGAGAAACACAAAGCAAAAGAGGCCAUAGAGAAGGAAAAGAAGAAGGUGCAAGAUCUGGAGAACCACAUAACCAAGCAGAAAGAGGAAAUAGACUUAAAAGUGCAAAAAGAAGAUGUUUUAAAUAAUAAAUUAAAUGACGCACUGGCCAUGGUAGAAGAGACUCAGAAAACCAAGACAGCCGAGAGCCUAAGAGCAGAGAGCCUCACCCUGAAAUUAAAUGAAACGUUAGCUGAACUGGAAACCGCCAAGACAAAAAUGCUCAUCAUGGAGGAGCGGAUACAGCAGCAACAGCAGACAGUGAAGGCCCUCCAGGAAGAACAGGACUCACAGAAACACGGAUUUGAAACAGAAAUCAGGGAAUAUAAGGAGCAAAUCAAACAGCACUCCCAGACGAUCGUAAGCCUCGAAGAAAGACUCCAAAAAGUGACUGAGCAUCAUAAAAAAAUAGAAGGAGAGAUUGCAACCUUGAAGGACAGCGACCCAGUCCAGGAGGAGGUGAUGCAGCAAGACCCCCCAGCAGCGCCUCCGAUGGAGAGCAGUGUCAAAGAUGAAGUAUGUGACACCUUGAUAAGGGAUCUACUGACCGCUCAGAAGGAAAUCCUGUCUCAGCAGGAGGUCAUCAUGAGGUUAAGGAAAAACCUCACGGAAGCCCACAACCGAAUGUCAGAUUUGAGAGGGGAGCUUAAUGAAAAGCAGAAGAUGGAACUGGAGCGGAACGUGGCGCUGGUCCAGCAACAAAGCAGUGAGCUGAGAGCGCUCAAGGAAAAGAUGGUGCAGCUGACCAGCCUGGUGGAAAGGAAGGACAGGGAGCUGGAGGUCCUCAAGGAGGCGCUCAGGGCCUCCCAAGAGAAACACAGAGUCCAGCUGUACAAGGAGAAGGAACGGAAGCCCAGGAACACGGCCCAGAUGUGUGACAUCUCGGUGCAGGUAGAACCAGGCCACACUGACAUUCUCUUGAGCAGUCAAGAGGAACAAUCCUUCAGUGAUCUAGGGGCCAAGUGCAAAGGGUCCCGACAUGAGGAAAUCAUUCAGCGUCAGAAAAAGGCCUUGUCUGAACUGCGUGCGCGAAUUAAGGAGCUUGAGAAGGCCUGCUCAUCAAAUCAUAAGGACCACCUGACUGAAUCCUAUCUAGACUUAAAGACGGUCAGAAUGGAAAAAAAUGUCCAGAAAUUCUUGGACGCAAAACCUGAUUUGCCAACUCUCUCAAGAAUACAGAUCGGAGCGCCUCAGAAUGGCCUUGCCAACUCAGCCAUCCCAGCCAUGGAAAAGUCAGGGAAAAUGGAUGUAGCUGAGGCUUUAGAUCUCAGUGAAAAGCUGUACAUGGACAUGAGCAAAACGCUCGGGAGUCUGAUGAACAUCAAGGAAAUGUCCGGUCACAUAUCCAUGAAAUACCUCUCUGCAAAAGAGAGAGAGAGAGUCAACCACCUCCGACAAAGGGACCUCGAUCUGGUGUUUGAUAAGAUCACCCAACUCAAGAACCGGCUGGAGAGAAAAGAGGAGCUUUUGAGAGGAUACGAAAAAGACAUAGAACAGCUCAGGCAGAGCAAAGUGUCCGUGCAGAUGUACCAGUCGCAGGUGGCAAAGCUGGAAGACAACAUCUACAAAGAGGCAGAAGAGAAGGCUCUGCUGAAGGAGGCUCUGGGGCGCACAGAGCACCAGCUGCGCCAGGAGAAGAGAAUCAACAGGGCCAUCCGGCAGCAGAAGGUUGGAUCCAGAAAAGCCGCCCCAAAGAUGGACCAAGAAAGGGAGACGCUGAAGAAAGACACGUCCAGCCAAUCCAGCCAGAGCCUUCUGUUUUCUAAGCCUGGUGACAGGAACUAG